AGCUGCAAGUGGGAGUAUAGAAAUUGUAUGUUUUAUUGAAAGUGUGAGCGUUAUACGUUAAAGAAACAAAAUACAAUAUAAUCAUGUCGAGCGAUGAAAAUAGGGAAUUGAUAAGCCGACUCAUUCUACAGGCUAAUCAAGCACAGUGUUUGCUUGUAGAUGUGUUGAAAGAGUUGGAGGAGAGCCAAAAUUUAACAGAACUACGCUCAAAAACUAGGCGAUCCCUUAGGAGAAGAAAGCGUAGCCAGUGUCGGUGUCGAGACUAUUCCGACUCCGACUCUUCCGAUCAAGAGUUUGCAGUCGGAAGAAAAAGCUCUGCAGUCGCAAGAGAUCGCAAGCGAGAUCGCUCCCGCUCUCGGGGCCGUUCUCGCGGCCAUUCCAGGGGGCGGUCCCAUGGGCGAUCACGCUCUCGCUCUCAUACAAACACGCAGCACAAACAAUUGGCACUGGCUGUGAGAGUUAAGUGA